UGGAUCAUAGCCAAUAGCCCCAAGUCAAGCGCUUUGUGUAGGCUUCUACCCUCCACUUCCUCAAAACUACUAAUAACAAGAGUUUAUCCAUUCCAUCAUCAGGAGUGAGUAGUAGCAGGCACAGAUCCUGAUACCUGAGAGAGAGAGAGAGCAGAGAUGGCUUCCAGGACCAUGACAGCCUCAUUCCUAGCCUCCCCUGUGACCAAGCAUCAGCCUUUCGCAGGUGCUCGUAGAGGACUCAUUGUGGCCAAGGCUUCAAGACCCAUAGAGGGAGAGAGGUUGAGCUUGGACAACAAGGAAGAGAGCGGCAGUGGAAGGAGGAGGGAGUUGGUGUUUGCAGCUGCAGCUGCUGCGGCAUGCUCUAUUGCCAAGGUUGCCAUGGCUGAUGAGCCCAAGAGGGGGUCCCCUGAUGCUAGGAAGAAGUAUGCACCUAUCUGUGUUACAAUGCCUACUGCUAGUAUUUGUCGCUAUUGAUGUGAAUGUCGUUCUUCUGAUCAGUAGUAGUUGAUUUAGUUUGUAUUUGGAAGGAAAACCUUGUAUGCAAUCUGUAAUCUUCCUGUUGGAGAAAACCUCAUCGUAAUUCGUGUCCAAAAUUUUCUUUA